CGUGUCGUGACAGUGAAAAUCUCCAGAACGAUCAACUAAGAGGUUAGGUUAGGUUAUAUACUUAUGUAAUACAAUAAACUCAUCUUAAUGAAUUGAAUAUUUCUGUUUCGGAUUUCUGAAAAAGGUGGAAAAAUAUUGUAGCGUUUUAGUAUGCAUUCAGAUCUAUCCCCUCAUUUACAUUCAGAAAAGUGCAAUUUGUUAAUAGCAAAACUGCAGGAAUGUCAUGAAACGAAUCCAUUUUUAAAGUUUUUUGGCCAAUGUAAUGAUGAAGAUAGACGAAUGAGAAGUUGUCUGAAAGCUGAGAGACAAGAAAAGCAAAAGGCAAACUUAGCACUAGCUCGGCAACGUCAAAAAGAGUUGAAAGAAAGAUUGAAAAAUGCAGAAUACCAGUAAAGAUACUCCACCAAUAGAAGAAAGUUAUGAUAAGGAAAUAGAAGAACUAAGUUUGGUUGAGCGUUACUAUACUCCGAGAUAUCGGGUGAACUUUGAGCAGCAAGGAGACGACUUCUGUGUGUUGUUCCACUCUAACCGUAUCUGUGUCAUUUCGCUUGCCCCGUCCCACACUGUGCUGACCGAACACAAACAAGUCUCAAAGAUCAUUUAUCACGUGUCUCCGAAUGUGGACCGACUCAACAACACAGUGUCAGGAAAAGGCAAACGAGGAGCACAAAUACUGACCCCUUCGUCUGUCAUAUUUUAUCUCAAUUGUUCCGACGGCAGCCAGUACGCGGUGAGAAGCUGUGUUCCCGGGAAACUCGUUGAGAUUAACGACCAGCUGGUGGAGAACCCCAACCUAGUGACAGAACGACCGUCGGACCGUGGGUACCUGGCCGUGGUGUUGCCGACCAUCCCAGCCAGCGGCCGGUACAAGGAAGAGCUGUUAACUCCGGAACAAUACCUCAGCAGAGACACAUAGUUUUAACUAAUGUUUCAGUAAAGUUUAUUUAUUGCUA